AUGAACAACACCAACAACAAUAACCAUCAUCAAAAUAACAUCACCAACAAUAGCCAUAACCAUCACACAAGUAGUGUCGGACUCACCCAACAGUCCCACCUAUUCAACAGCCACCGGCACAACCAUCACCAUAAGGACAGUCACCAUCACCGGCGACAGUCUCAUCAUAAUAGUAACCAUCAUAAUAAUCAUCACCACUCGUCAGCCGCCGCGGCAUCGGCUGCUGCGGCCGCAGCGGCGGCCAGUUUACUGCAUCGGCACCACAACGGGUCGGCCAUUGCCACCGCUGUGGCCGCCAAUGGUUUGUUAGCGGCCGGAGGUGGGGGUCGGAUACCCACGUCCCCCAUGUCGCCCGCGAUGGCUGUCCCCACGUCACCAUUGCUCGGCUCAUCGGCACUGGCCACCACAACAGCCGCGGCCGCAAUGCUCAACGGCGGCGGUGCGGGCAUCGGCUCACUGGCCAACGCCAGCAACUCACUCAUGUCGGGCGCUCUGUCCUCGUCGGCGGCCGCGGCGGCCGUCAUAUCGGCUGCCCUACAGUCGCACACGUUGUCCACCGGUGGUAAUCAUCACCACAACAACAACGGCAACCACACCGGCAGUGCCUCAUCACCUCCGGGAGCGCUGGGCUCGGGCGGGGCCGCCGACUACUACACGGAAAGUUUGCGCCGACGGAAAGUGCAUAAAUGCGAUUUCGACGGAUGCGAAAAGGUUUACACCAAGAGCUCGCAUCUCAAAGCCCACAAACGCACCCACACCGGUAUGUAG